CACUGCAUGGCAUACUUAACAUUCACUUCAGCAGGAGAACUGAAGUUGUGGACAUGUCAAUUGCUAAGACAGCUGCACAGGCUGUGCUGUCUGAUGCACUGCUUCAGAACAGCAAUGUAGACAACCGCAUUCGUCACCUGGAGUUGGAGCUGCCCCUAGACAAAGUCAUAAAAUUUGUAUCUGUGGGACUUCCUCUAAUGCUGGUGUCUUGGGCAUUUGCUCGAGAGAUCUCAGUUGGUUCACAGGUUAGCUGUUUUCCUCCCAGCAACUUCACAGUGAAGCAGGCUGCAUAUGUAGACAUGUAUUGCUGGGAUUCACUGAUGCACCAUGAGGUUGAUGAGAGUGGAAACUCUGAAGAACGUUCCCUGUGGGUUCAUAAGAUGUUCCCCUACUCCCUGCUUAUCAUGGCAAUGAUGAUGUACCUUCCAGCACUGAUCUGGAAGUUCCUGGCUACGCCAACUCUGGGCUCCGAUCUGCUCUUUAUAAUUGAUGAGCUGGACAAGUCUUACAACCGCUCAGUGCGCUUGGCUCAGAGCAUCGUGGAGCUUAAACAGAAUACAGACCCAUACGAAUUUCAGGCAGAGUUGCAGAGAGCCAAGAAAAAACGUUACUUUGAGUACCCUCUGCUGGAGAGAUACAUGAAAUACAAGCAUGGCUCCUACUUCCUGGUCAGCAUGCUGUUCCUGCGUGGCUUCCUCUUGCUUACAUUUAUGUCAGCUUCCUGCCUUUACCUGAUCUACUUCCACCUCUCAGCCUUCCUGCAGGAUGAGUUUGGCUGCUUUAUGCGUACCGGGAUCCUCCAAGACCAGAUCUGGGUUCCAAUGCUGGUGCAGUGCAAGAUCAGUGGCCUGAUGGUGUUCCAGGUCAUUAGUAUAGCUAACGGUGCCAUCUACAUGCUGCUCGGCCCCAUUGUCCUGUUCAGCAUGCUGCGUCUCUUCUGCUGGGACACCAGCUUCCUCUCACUGUAUGAGGUGCUUCCUGCACUGGGUCUGAUCAGUGGUCAGAAGCUAGGCUGCCCGUUGAACGAUUUGAACGUGCUUCUUCUCUUCCUGCGCGCUAAUGUGGCACAUCUGCAUUCGUACGGUCGACUCAAGGCCUUGUGCUCACUAGCACCGCCUCAUUUGCACAGGGGUAAGGGCAUGCUGACAGAGGAGCAGGUUGAGGAAGCUGCCGAAGCAGCUGAGGAACUGGAGGAGGAGAUACGGGAGGCUAGAGAGGAGGGCAAACACAAUCUAGUGGACAUCAUGACCAUGCUUGGGGCAGCCAGAGGGAAUGUGGUGAACUGCCCUGAACACCGCCCUCUGGUGGAGGAGAACAUGACACUCGAACCUAACCACCAGGGCUACCAUGAACUGGAGGAGUCUACAUCAUGUUGUUUUGGCUAAGCUUUCCAUUAAUGGACUGAACCAUGCCUGUAAGGGACACAUAUUCACUGUAGACUAAUCACAUCCCCUCUAGUAUAGUAAUAGGUCUAAAGCAGAUUAAUUAAUGAAGCUCUUUUAUUGGCAGUUCUUUUAUUUGAUCAGGAUGGAUUAUAUUGGUGGUCUGUCAGGGAAAUGCUUGUACACCAAAGUGCUUCAGGGAUAUUCAGGAAACCUUCGAAAAGCCUCCAUUAGA